CCCGUGAAAGCGAUAAAAGCGAAAACCCUAAAAAUAGUUCCGUCUUCUGUUUAAUCUCUUUUUCAAGGCCAAGCGAGCAAGAGACGUCGGAGCGGCGGCUACUACUUAGGUUUCAGUUUUUGAAAUUUUGAAGAAUGGUGAGAAUCAGUGUGCUCAAUGAUGGUCUUAAGAGUAUGUACAAUGCAGAGAAGAGAGGAAAGAGGCAGGUUAUGAUCAGGCCUUCUUCUAAAGUUAUCAUCAAGUUCCUUAUCGUCAUGCAAAAGCACGGUUACAUUGGCGAGUUUGAGUAUGUUGAUGACCACAGGUCUGGUAAGAUUGUUGUUGAGCUUAAUGGAAGGCUGAACAAGUGUGGAGUUAUCAGUCCUCGUUUCGAUGUCGGUGUUAAGGAGAUUGAAGGAUGGACUGCUCGUCUACUUCCUUCCAGACAGUUUGGUUUCAUUGUUCUGACGACCUCAGCGGGAAUCAUGGAUCAUGAAGAAGCUAGGAGAAAGAACGUUGGUGGCAAAGUUCUUGGGUUCUUUUACUGAAGCAGGGUCUCGAGAUCUAUCUUAUCGGGUUAUAGUUUGGUUCUCUGUAAGUCGAUUGACCUCACUGUCAAAGUAGUAGUUUUAUAUGUUGUGGUCACUCGGAUACGUAAAAACUUGGAGAUGAGUAGACUAAUUAAUUUCAGUUUUUGAAUUCGUUAGACUUGCGAUUUAUGAAAUCAAAAUCAUCUUUCUUGACUUAUCGUUAUAUGUGGCAUUUACUCAUUUUAGUCUCGUGCUCUUCUUGUUUGUUUUCUUAAAACAUUUUAAUAUGUUUUUCAUUUACAAUGUUCAUCAAAAUACAAACAAAU